AUCUCAGGGCAAGAAAAUUGUAUCUGAGGGGAGAAAAAAAGCCCCUUCCUUAGGCUGGAGCUGAGCUAAAGAGAAGAUGGGUCUUUUCUUUGGUUUAGGAGGAAAAUUUUAUAACUUUUCUGAGAGUUCAAAUAAGUUGAGCUUCAAAAAUUCCAGAUCCUGCACCUUGCCUAGCCCCUCCCCCCAACACACAUACCAUGCAGAGAGCCUGGAGCUUGCCUCUUGUCUUUCUAUAUUGACUGGUCUUGCGAAUGACCACUUUUCUUCUUGGCAGGUCACCUGGGACCUGGGGCUGACCCAGCUUCUCUCUCAAGAUUUGGUAGACAUUGGAGGUGGUGGUGAAGGAGACAGUGGCAGUCAAUGUUAUUUGAACUGGGUCAGCAGGCCCUGGAGCUUCCUGAGUGCACGAUGCAGAAGGCUGCUUACUAUGAAAACCCAGGACUCUUUGGAGGCUAUGGCUACAGCAAAGCCACUGACACUUAUAGCUACAGUGCCCCUCAUCAGCCCUACCCACCUCCUGCCAACUCCCUGGACACUGAUUACCCAGGUUCGGCCUGCUCUAUCCAGAACUCUGCACCUCUUCGAGCCCCAGCCCACAAGGGGGCUGAACUCAAUGGCAGCUGCAUGCGAACAGGAACAGGGAACAGCCAGGCUGGGGGUGGUGGCAGCCAGCCUCCUGGUCUGAACUCAGAGCAGCAGCCACCACAGCCUCCUCCUCCACCACCGACCCUGCCCCCAUCCUCGCCCUCCAAUCCUGGAGGUGGGGUGCCUACCAAGAAGGCCAAGGGUGGGCCCAAUGCUUCCAGCUCCUCAGCUACCAUCAGCAAGCAGAUCUUCCCGUGGAUGAAAGAGUCCCGACAAAACUCCAAACAGAAGAACAGCUGUACCACUGCAGGAGACAGCUGCGAGGACAAGAGUCCGCCGGGCCCGGCAUCCAAGCGGGUGCGUACGGCGUAUACCAGCGCGCAGCUGGUGGAGUUGGAGAAGGAAUUCCACUUCAACCGCUACUUGUGCCGGCCCCGCCGCGUGGAGAUGGCCAACCUGCUGAACCUCACCGAGCGCCAGAUCAAGAUCUGGUUCCAGAACAGGCGCAUGAAGUACAAGAAGGACCAGAAGGCCAAGGGCAUCCUGCACUCGCCCGCUGGCCAGUCCCCGGAGCGCAGCCCGCCGCUCGGCGGCGCCGCGGGCCACGUGGCCUACUCGGGCCAGCUGCCGCCGGUGCCGGGCUUGGCCUACGACGCGCCCUCGCCGCCCGCCUUCGCCAAGUCGCAGCCCAGCAUGUAUGGCCUGGCCGCCUACACGGCGCCUCUCAGCAGCUGCCUGCCGCAGCAGAAGCGGUACGCGGCGUCCGAAUUUGAGCCCCACCCCAUGGCGAGCAACGGCGGCGGCUUUGGCAGCGCCAACCUGCAGGGCAGCCCGGUAUACGUGGGCGGCAACUUCGUCGACUCCAUGGCGCCGGCGUCCGGGCCUGUCUUCAACCUGGGCCACCUCUCGCACCCGUCCUCAGCCAGCGUGGACUAUAGUUGCGCCGCGCAGAUUCCCGGCAACCACCACCACGGACCGUGCGACCCUCAUCCCACCUAUACAGAUCUCUCGGCCCACCACUCGUCUCAGGGACGCCUGCCCGAGGCCCCCAAACUGACGCAUCUGUAG